AUGGGAGCCAAAGAGUCAAGGAUAGGUUUCCUCUCGUACGAAGAGGCCAUCAACAGAGGUAAUAUAAUUGAUGAGUUGCUAACCUUGGCUAGCCAGCCAGUUAGAUGUAAACACUAGCGUUAGCUUCAUUAGCUACCUGGCUAGCUGUCUCUAAGGCUAGCUGGCGUUAACUGUUGGAUGGGGAAUGUGUAACUAACGUUAUUAGCUAUAGAUGGCGAACAACAUUGGGACAGGCAACUAACUAGCUAGAUAACCGUGUCAAGUGAACUAAGGUGUAAUUAAAAUAUACUAGCUGGUCCAGGUUAGCUAACUAAUUAAGUUAGCAAGCUAGUUUCUAGCUAGCAAUAAUAAGGCGCAGUCCUGCUGUUAGUUAGGUAAAUUAACCCUCCUAUUAUGUUGUGGGUCAAUUUGACCCAUUUCCACUUUUGAGUUGUCUAAAAUACUGGUUAACCUCUCUUUUUCUUCGUGAAAUUAAAUUACUUUUCCUCAUUUAGGGUCAUGAACCUAACUGCAAAAUGUGGACACACUGAUGUGUUGUGGAAUGUAUGUGUAGAUUGUGUAUACAAACAUGAUGCUGUGGGUCAUUUUGACCGGAGGCUUUUAUGAGUAUAGAUAGUUGCACAGGUCCAAAAUAAACAAGUGUCUUUGAUGUAUUUUGUUUUGACUGGUUCUGGUUGCACUUUUAUAAUUAUGUUUGGGUGAAAAGGAGCUUUCCCAAGCUUCUUCUCAGUGCGAGAGCAGCAGACCUCUGACACAGACAAUCAAAAAUGAGCUCCAAAAUAUUUUGUCAAUGAAGCCUUAUCAGUAAUUUUGGACUGUGACAGUGAAAUAGAAGAAUAGGUUUCAGAGAGAGGAUAUUUCAGAGAUAGAGGACAAUGCUGUUGAUGAUCCAGAUUGGGAAUUUUUCUUUGGUGAAGAGGAUUCAGAGGAGGAGUCUGCCAUACAUCCCCUCCAUCAGAUGAGAGAGAGCGAGAGCAUGCAACAACCAUCAUCCAGAGAAGAGAGGACAUGGAAGUCUAAAGAUGGUAACAUAGUAUUGUUACCGUCACCACAACGAAGUCAAGGUAGACUGUCAGCUUCCAAUGUAAUCAAAAUUGACUGUCUUGAGUGUGUUUAAACUGCGGGUCAAUCUGACCCAUACCACAAUGGACGUAAUUUUUUUUCAGAAGGCUAUCUUAUUGACCCUAAAAAUGCUACUGCCCUCUGGAUCAGGUAGAGGCCAACGACUGGUAACUAAGACCUAGAGCUAUCUGCAUUUCUGUCAACUAGAAGUACAUUUAUGACACCAAGUAGCCGCUGCACUGAGAGGCUAACGUCAACGCUAGCUGUUUGUUGACAUUGUGUCUGCUUGGUGGUAAUGUGUGGAUGGGCGGAUUCGAUUAUGCUGAGACGCGGGGCAUCGGGCAAAGGCCAGUCACGUAAUCGGGCGAAAACGGGGAGGAGCGCCAUUUUCAAAUCGAACAGUAAUCUGUGCCGCUCAGUCAUUUUAUCAACAAGGCAUCGUCCAGAAACAUACAUUUCUUUCCAUAAAUGUUAAAAUUUUCAAACUAUUUGCAUUUGGAAGGCAGAUUAAGCAUUUUUAUCAAAAGCAAUAACUUUUGCAUGGGAAAACACAGAAUCCUACUAAUUACUACAUGUGCUUAAUUAUGUGACCUUUGUUUUGAGCUGACAUCGCGGGGGCUUUGAAAGGGGCUCCUGGCUCAUGCCCCGGAGGCAGCCCAACUCCAAAUCGAAUGAAAUCAACUUUAAUCAGAUGCGAAACACACCUUCAUGGGCACCCGGGCGAGAUUAAUCGAACCCCCUCAGUGUUUCAAUUUGACAUAUUCAUUAAACACUAUAUAUACAAAAGUAUAUGGACACCCCUUCAAAUUAGUGGAUUCGGCUAUUUCAGCCACACCCGUUGCUGACAGGUGUAUAAAAUUGAGCACACAGCCAUGCAAUCUCCAUAGGAAACAAUUGGCAGUAGAAUGGCCUUACUGAAGAGCUCAGUGACUUUCAACGUGGCACCUUUCCAACAAGUAAUUUGGUCAAAUCUCUGCCCUGCUAGAGCUGCCCCGGUCAACUGUAAAUGCUGCUAUUGUGAAGUGGAAACGUCUAGGACCAACAAUGGCUCAGCCGUGAAGUUGUAGCCACACAAGCUCACAGAAGGGGACCGUAGAGUGCUGAAGCGCGUAAAAAUCGCCUGUCCUCGAGUUCCAAACUGCCUAUGGAAGCAACAUCAGCACAAGAACUGUGUUAGUCGGGAGCUUCAUGAAAUGGAUUUCCAUGGCCGAGCAGCUUCACACACUUCUAAGAUCACCAUGCGCAAUGCCAAGUGUCGGCUGGAGUGGUGUAAAGCUCGCCGCCGUUGGAGUCUGGAGCAGUGGAAACGCGUUCUCUGGAGUGAUGAAUCACGCUUCACCAUCUGGCAGUCCCACGGACGAAUCUGGGUUUGGCAGAUGGCAGUAGAACGCUACCUGCCCGAAUGCAUAGUGCCAACCAUAGUUUGGUGGGGAAGGAAUUAUGGUCUGGGGCUGUUUUUCAUGGUUCGGGCUAGGCCCCUUAGUUCCAGUGAAGGGAAAUCUUAACGCUACAGCAUACAAAUACAUUCUAGACGAUUCUGUGCUUCCAACUUUAUGGCAACAGUUUUGGGAAGGCCCUUUCCUGUUUCAGCAUGACAAUGCCCCCGUGCACAAAGGGAGGUCCAUACAGAAAUGGUUUGUCGAGAUCGGUGUAGAAGAACUUGAUUGGCCUGCACAGAGCCCUGACCUCAACCUCAUCGAACACCUUUGGGAUGAAUUGGAACGCAGACUGCGAGCCAGGCCUAAUCGCCCAACAUCAGUGCCUGACCUCACUAAUGCUCUUGUGGCUGAAUGGAAGCAAGUCCCCGCAGCAAUGUUCCAACAACAAAACCCUGGGAUGAGUAGGUGUGUCCAAACCUUUGACUGGUACUGUGUUAUAUAUAAACUCAGCAAAAAAAUAAACAUCCUCUCACUGUCAACUGCGUUUAUUUUCAGCAAACUUAACAUGUGUAAAUAUUUGUAUGAACAUAACAAGAUUCAACAACUGAGACAUAAACUGAACAAGUUCCACAGACAUGUGACUAACAUAAAUUGAAUAAUGUGUCCCUGAAGAAAGGGGGGGUCAAAAUCAAAAGUAACAGUCAGUAUCUGGUGUGGUCACCAGCUGCAUUAAGUACUGCAGUGCAUCUCCUCAUGGAAUGCACCAGAUUUGCCAGUUCUUGCUGUGAGAUGUUACCCCACUCUUCCACCAAGGCACCUGCAAGUUCCCGGACAUUUCUGGGGGUAAUGGCCCUAGCCUUCACCCUCCGAUCCAACAGGUCCCAGACGUGCUCAAUGGGAUUGAGAUCCAGGCUCUUCGCUGGCCAUGGCAGAACACUGACAUUUCUGUCUUGCAGGAAAUCACGCACAGAACAAGCAGUAUGGCUGGUGGCAUUGUCAUGCUGGAGGGUCAUGUCAGGAUGAGUCUGCAGGAAGGGUACCACAUGAGGGAGGAGGAUGUCUUCCCUGUAACGCACAGCGUUGAGGUUGCCUGCAAUGACAACAAGCUUAGUCCGAUGAUGCUGUGACACACCGCCCCAGACCAUGACAGACCAUCCACCUCCAAAUCGAUCCCGCUCCAGAGUACAGGCCUCGGUGUAGCGCUCAUUCCUUCGACGAUAAACACGAAUCCGACCAUCACCCCUGGUGAGACAAAACCGCGACUCGUUAGUGAAGAGCACUUUUUGCCAGUCCUGUCUGGUCUAAUGACGGUGGGUUUGUGCCCAUAGGCGACGUUGUUGCCGGUGAUGUCUGGUGAGGACCUGCCUUAAAACAGGCCUACAAGCCCUCAGUCCAGCCUAUUGCGGACAGUCUGCGCACUGAUGGAGGGAUUGUGCGUUCCUGGUGUAACUCGGGCAGUUGUUGUUGCCAUCCUGUACCUGUCCCGCAGGUGUGAUGUUCGGAUGUACCGAUCCUGUGCAGGUGUUGUUACAUGUGGUCUGCCACUGCGAGGACGAUCAGCUGUCCGUCCUGUCUCCCUGUAGCGCUGUCUUAGGCAUCUCACAAUACGGACAUUGCAAUUUAUUGCCCUGGCCACAUCUGCAGUCCUCAUGCCUCCUUGCAGCAUGCCUAAGGCACGUUAACGCAGAUGAGCAGGGAUCCUGGGCAUCUUUCUUUUGGUGUUUUUCAGAGUCUGUAGAAAGGCCUCUUUAGUGUCCUAAGUUUUCACAACUGUGACCUUAAUUGCCUUACCGUCUGUAAGCUGUUAGUGUCUUAACGACCGUUCCACAGGUGCAUGUUCAUUAAUUGUUUAUGGUUCAUUGAACAAGCAUGGGAAACAGUGUUUAAACCCUUUACAAUGAAGAUCUGUGAAGUUAUUUUGAUUUUUAUGAAUUAUCUUUGAAAGACAGGGUCCUGAAAAAGGGGCGUUUCUUUUUUUGCUGAGUUUAUAUAUACAGUUGAAGUCGGAAGUUUUACAUACACCUUAGCCGAAUACAUUUAAACUCAGUUUUUCACAAUUCCUGACAUUUAAUCCUAGUAAAAAUUCCCUGUCUUAGGUCAGUUAGGAUCACCACUUCAUUUUAAGAAUGUGAAAUGUCAGAAUAAUAGUAGAAUGAUUUAUUUCAGCUUUUAUUUAUUUCAUCACAUUCCCAGUGGGUCAGAAGUUUACAUACACUCAAUUAGUAUUUGGUAGCAUUGCCUUUAAAUUGUUUAACUUGGGUCAAACGUUUCAGGUAGCCUUCCACAGACUUCCCACAGUAAGUUGGGUGAAUUUUGGCCCAUUCCUCCUGACAGAGCUGGUGUAACUGAGUCAGGUUUGUAGGCCUCCUUACUUGCACACGCUUUUUCAGUUCUGCCCACACAUUUUCUAUAUGAUUGAGGUCAGGGCUUUGUGAUGGCCACUCCAAUACCUUGACUUCGUUGUCCUUAAGCCAUUUUGCCACAACUUUGGAAGUAUGCUUGGGGUCAUUGUCCAUUUGGAAGAACAAUUUGUGACCAAGCUUUAACUUCCUGACUGAUGUCUUGAGAUGUUGCUUCAAUAUAUCCACAUCAUUUUCCUUCCUCAUGAUGCCAUCUAUUUUGUGAAGUGCACCAGUCCCUCCUGCAGCAAAGCACCCCCACAGCAUGAUGCUGCCACCCCUGUGCUUCACGGUUGGGAUGGUGUUCUUUGCCUUGCAAGCAACCCCCUUUUUCCUCCAAACAUAACAAUGGUCAUUAUGGCCAAACAGUUCUAUUUUUGUUUCAUCAGACCAGAGGACAUUUCUCCAAAAAGUACCAUCUUUGUCCCCAUGUGCAGUUGCAAACCGUAGUCUUGCUUUUUUAUGGCGGUUUUGGAGCAGUGGCUUCUUCCUUGCUGAGCGGCCUUUCAGAUUAUGUCGAUAUAGGACUCAUUUUACUGUGGAUAUAGAGACUUUUGUACUUGUUUCCUCCAGCAUCUUCACAAGUUCCUUUGCUGUUGUUCUGGGAUUGAUUUGCACUUUUCGCACCAAAGUACAUUCAUCUCUAGGUGACAGAACGCGUCUCCUUCCUGAGCGGUAUGAUGGCUGGGUGGCCCAUGGUGUUUAUACUUGCGUACUAUUGUUUGUACAGAUGAACGUGGAACCUUCAGGCUUUUGGAAAUUGCUCCCAAGGAUGAACCAGACUUGUGGAGGUCUACAAUUUUUUUUCUGAGGUCUUGGCUGAUUUCUUUUGAUGUUCCCAUGAUGUCAAGCAAAGAGGCACUGAGGUUGAAGGUAGGCCUUGAAAUACAUCCACAGGUACACCUCCAAUUGACUCAAAUGAUGUCAAUUAGCCUAUCAGAAGCUUUUAAAGCCAUGACAUCAUUUUCUGGAAUUUUCCAAGCUGUUUAAAGGCACAGUCAAUUUAGUGUAUGUAAACUUCUGACCCACUGGAAUUGUGAUACAGUGAAUUAUAAGUGAAAUAAUCUGUCUGUAAACAAUUGUUGGAAAAUGUACUUGUGUCAUGCACAAAGUAGAUGUCCUAACCGACUUGCCAAAACUAUAGUUUGUUAACAAUACAUUUGUGGAGUGGUUGAAAAACUAGUUUCAAUGACUCCAACCUAAGUGUAUGUAAACUUACGACUUCAACUGUAUAUAUAAAAAACCAUAGCCAGUUGUGGAACCCAAGCCUAAAGUUUGAGAGCUUGGCCUACUGUGCAAUCACAGACCUAUUAAGGCUAUCUAUACUGAACAAAAAUAUAAACGCAACAUGUAAAGUGUUGGUCCCAUGUUUCAUGAGCUGAAAUAAAAGAUCCCAGAAAUGUUUAAUAUGCACAAAAAACGUAUUUCUCUCAAAUGUUGUGCACAAAUGUUUACAUCCCUGUUAGUGAGCAUUUCUCCUUUGCCAAGAUAAUCCAUCCACCUGACAGGUGUGGCAUAUCAAUAAUCUGAUUAAACAGCAUGUGCUGGGGACAAUAAAAGGCCACUCUAAAAUGACGUGUCAAGUUUUGAGGGAGCGUGCAAUUGGCAUGCUGACUGCAGGAAUGUCCACCAGAGCUGUUGGUAGAAAAUGUAAUGUUCAUUUCUCUACCAUAAGCCGCCUCCAACGUCGUUUUAGAGAAUUUGGCAGUAUGUCCAACCGGCCUCACAACCGCAGACCACGUUUAACCACGCCAGCCCAGGACCUCCACAUACGGCUUCUUCACCUGCAGGAUUGUCUGAGACAAGCCACCCGGACAGCUGAUUAAACUGAGUAUUUCUGUCUGUAAUAAAGCCCUUUUGUGGGGAAAACUAAUUCUGAUUGUCUGGGCCUGGCUCCCCAGUGGGUGGGCCUAUGCCCAGCCAUGGCUGUGCCCCUGCCCAGUCAUGUGAAAUCCAUAGAUUAGGGCCUAAUUAAUUUAAUUCAAUUGACCGAUUCUUAUAUGAACUGUAACUCAGUAAAAUCAUUGAAAUUGUAGCAUGUUGCGUUUAUUUUGGUUCAGUAUAGCUAGCUAACAGCUGACAGAGCUAACAUUAACUAGCAGUAUACUAAUGUUGUUUGUGUAUUUGUGUCUCUUCCUGUACUGUAUUGUUGACAUUGUGUCUGUCUGGUGCUGUGCCAAUGUUUAAAUUUAUGUUAUGUUAUGAUAUUCAGGCCUAGCCUAGAGCUGGAACUUGUGCAAUCAGGGACCUAGAAAAGCCAUAUAGCUAACAGCUGAUGUAGCUAACUAGCAGUAUACUGUUGUUGUUAUUGAUGAUGGUGGUGUAUGUGGCUCUGCCAGUACUCUAUUGUAGUGCUGAGCACUUGCAAGCAUUUACAAAUCUGGCUGGGUGGCAGACAUAAACCUUCCCGCAAUUACUGAUUAGUUAUGAUAGUUGCUAUAGUAAUACAAUUUAACAGCCAUGGUAGUCGUGGUUGUAGGUUUGGUUUAUGAAGAUAGCCUAAGCUUGUAUUGGUGACCAUGGUUUAAUGCUCUGCCUGACCAUACAGUCCAUGUUUAAUUUACAGAAAAGCGAUUGUGUAUAUUCCUCACAAUCACUGUGUCUCUAACCCUCCCAGUCACUGAUGUGGAGCUCCAGCGUCUGAAGGAUGCCUUCAGGAGGACCAGUGGCCUGUCCUGUUACAUGAGCCAGCAGUGCUUCCUCAGGGAGGUGCUGGGAGACGUCGUACCACCCAGGGUUGCUGAGGUGAGCCUAGUUCAACAGACAAGACGGCCCCGGUGUUACAUGAGGUCUGAUGGGAGAGUCUCCAUGUCAUUUCAGCAAGCCAUGGCACCCACCAUCUCAGAUUGUUCUUAUAUCGUUUCUGUAGUUAGAAACAGAUAAGAUUAGCAUUCCUGCUAGAGGUCUUCACGGAUCCACCUGUACCCGAGACCACCUGUGCGGAUCCAGAAUUCUAAAUAAUGUCACAAGUCUGGUUUGGAUCUGAUAUGAUUGUGAUAGGUCUCGGGUAUGUGUAAUUUUAACUGACUUGUCAGGAAGGCCGAACGCGACUGUUGCAGUAGAGAGAGAGCGAGAGAGAAAUGUUAUAAUUUAUAAUUUGUUUUUCACGAGAGUGGCGCAUGUAGCUUGUUGUUGGCCAAUCAUAAGUCAUCAAAGCGGCAAUAGGCUACAGCCAUAGAGCCUCGCUCCGUGUGUGGCAAAAGUUAGGAGAUAUCUAAUCGAUGGAAGAUGGAAUUAAAAGUUAAAGGAGAAGGAUAGGCGUCUCUAGCAACCGAACCGAUAGAAUGAACGACCAGCCGGCUUGGGUAGCAACCCUAGAUUUGUGUUGGGACUAUAUAUUGUGGAAGGAUGAAAUAGUAAGUUAAUGAAAAUAUGUCAAUCAUUAUUUGAAUAUGUUGGUAUCCCGUUAUAUAACGGGUUACCAACACCCGUGCCAAUAUAUCCUCCAAACACCGGCUUCGAGGGCAUGAUCACUUAACAAUAGGAUGAGAAAGCGCAUGCACUGAUUCCUCAGUUAGCCUAGCUAGCUAACGUUGGCUAAUUUAACUAGCUUCUCCCGGUUCGACACAGUCAAGACAGGUACUACGUAAUCAUAUUUGAUGAUAAAUAACCUAGCUAUGGAAGCUAUUAGUCUACUAUAGCGCGAGUCAGGUUGGUUGGUUGCUGUCUCUCCCUCCUCCUUUUUGGACACGUGAAGACCUCUAAUUCUUGCAACAUUAUCUGAGAAAUUAAGCUAAUUGAUUGCACCCAAAUUGGCCAUUUUAAUUGAUAGGAUUCACAUAAUAUUAAAUAAAUAUAGUACCUAACAUCCGAUUUUGACCAAACUUCUUUCCAGACAUGAAGAAUCCAAAGUAAUGGUGAAAAGCCACCCACGGAUCCCCACACCCCAUGCCAAUCACACCCCAACAACCAGUAUACAGUAUCAGUUCUCCAUGUCUGACAAGUAGUAUGGAGCUGUGGCUUGGGAGUAUUGCUUCUUCAUCCUUUGUAAUGUAUUCCUUGUUAAUCUGAUGUCCCCCCCCUUCAGAGAAAUUAGUCAUUGAAGUUAGGUUUAUGGCCCAUCAAACAACCUGAUUAACAUAUUCUGACCACUAGAUGGUGCUGUUCCUGUCAUUAGGUAAAAGUGUUUUUAAAAAAAUCCACCUCAAUGUUAUUUCAAAACAUAACAUUCAGAUGAUAAUGAUUUAUACAUGUAGAGUGAAUCGUUAAAGUUAUAACUAUUUUAACUAUCUCAAAGAAAAAUCAUAUGAAAAUAAAACCACAUUGAGGACUACUCAUUCUUCAGUUAAUUAUUUCACUUUCUUUUCUUUCUUCAGUGCAUCUAUUGCAGUGAUGUCGCCAUAUCCUAAAUUAUAUUGAUGACCCGUUGCUGUGGUUGGUGCCUUAAAGGGAUACUUCGGGAUUUUGUCAAUGAGGCCCUUUAUCUACUUCCCCAGAGUCAGAUGAACUUGUGGAUACCAUUUUUGUGUGUCCAGUAUGAAAGAAGUUAAGAGGUAGUUUUGUGAUUCAAUGCUAACUAGCGUUAGCUCAAUGACUGGAAGUCUAUGGGUAUCUGCUAGCAUGAAGUAUCCCUUUAAUGGUGCAGAUUAUGCUUGUUUUUGGAACAUAACAUGUGUUCUCUCUAUUUGGCCAAGAAAAUAACCUUGCUGGAUAACUUGGGAUGCGUUAAUUUCACCUUUUAUGUCCAUGUUAUCAUCCACAAUUACAAUCCAGUAUUCAUCAUCAAAGCAGCAAACUAGAAAAUCAGAUGCUCGCACAUUCACCAUUGUAUACUCAUCUAUGGGUUUUCCGAGGACUAAGUCAAACUUAAUGUCAGUAGCUAGGUUUCCAUCCAAUUUGUGACAGAUUUUCAUGCAAAUAUUCUAAAAUCUACAUGAAACAAUAUGCGCCUUUUCCCACCAGAGAUGUUUCCAUAAAACUGACGUAUUGUGGAUAAAAGUGUGCGUUUUGACGUAGUGCACAUAAAAAUAACUUUUGCAGUUAAACUCCUAUGUACCGAAUGAAAAAUACAAGUUAAAUGGGUAUUCAUCGCAUUUAAUGCUACUGAUGGCUCUAGCCAACAGCUCGCAGAUACAUUACGGGUAGGCUACCUAUAUUGAAAUUAUUAUGGAUAUAGCGAUAUCAUUUUUAUUUGUCAAACGGCUGCCAAGCAUCGAUCAUCAUGUCACUAGAAUAAGACCCUCGCUAUUUAAAGGAGCAUCAAGCACAUCAAAUGCACUUUGACCACCCUGUGAAGUUCAUCAUAACUUAUUUCAUCUGUAGCCUACAAAACUGCAUGGUUUCCCAAGUCGUAGUGAGAGGACCACACAACAUAUCGCGUGACUCCAAGUUUACUUCGAUUUGAUGGUUAUUAUAUCAAUAUUUGCCCAUAAAUGCGUUUCCACUGCAAUUUCUCGCAUAACACAUUUUACUGACACCAUGUCGAAUGAACAAAUUGUCUGUCGGCAUUUAUAAAUUUGUACCUGCAUAUCCUGUUUCCAUCAGCCCGGUCGUGACUUUUUUCUUGCGUCAGGUAAUUCAGUCGCAUGAAAUGGUUGGAUGGAAACCUGGUUACUGGAAACUCUUGAUGAGGCUUUUGGAGAGUAGAACAAAGUGAUGGAAGCUGCGUGUUCCUGGCAGAGGUCUUGUGUCUUUCACUGAGUUCUAUGUGCACAUUUUCCAUGUCCUGUUCUAUGAUAAACACUUUCACAUCACAUCUAUGCACAACACCAUCAGGUCCACUAAUGCAUGGCAGUCCUUAUCCACCUUAACUGCAUUUAGCAUUAGUGACAUUUUGGUGUAUUGUACAUACACACAGAGUGUGUUCCAGAUGAGCUGACUGCCACACAAUGCUUCGGACAUAGACUGCAUAAUUUGGAAAAAAACUAUUUUGUAUACUGGACAUUUAUUUUUGAAAGCUGCAUACAGUUCUUUAAGGUUGCACAGAAUGAGUCUCUUCUGCUCAUGAACUUUGAAUUUGACAAAAUCCUUUUCCCCUGGCAUAAGUCUACUAUAUAUUACAUUGUCAUUGUAGAAUCUAAUGACCAAAUCCUCCAUUCUUUGGCAAUGAUUUUCCAGUUUUCUGCUUUGGCAACUCCAUGAUACCUUUCUCUGAAGCCAGUUUUCUUGCUGCCCAUAUGUAAACACGGACAUUAAAGACCUCUUUAGUUUUGACUAUAGACCAUGAUGGUGGAGCCAUUAUUAUUUUUGAAUCUUUUACUUUCUGCUGGAUAAUUAGUUUUUAUUUCAUUAAGUAAACGAGCCUGUCAAGAUCUUCAGCAUUUUGCUGAAUUUCUUUAAAGAUCUCAGGCUGCUCUGAGGCGCCAGUUCCUCAGGAGAUACAUUAACAGAUUGAGCAGCCUGCUGAUGUAUGGUGGAUUGUGCAUCUUUGAACUUCAUCUGCACGUGAAGAUUUAUUUUUGCACAGCAUACCUUGGAAUGAGAUGCCACUCCAUGGAGCCGUAGUGGACUUACACCAAUGUCACUUAAACUGGAGUCAAGACAGGACUUCAUUCUUUUAGCAGCCCCUCAACAUCAUGACCAGAUUAAUUAUGUGGCUCUCCAUUGUCACUUUUUUCAUUGAAAGCAAUGUGACAUCAUGGACACAGUUUCAUUCCAGGGAUGACAUUGUCACUGAACAUUCCCUUAAUUCUUAGCCACCUACACAUUUACUUCUGAGUGAUCUAUUUACUGCUUUCAUGUGUUUAUUAAAUGAAUCACAACAUUUUCUUUGGAAGUUUGGGUAGAUAAUCAAUAGCUUUUGCUCAUGAUGAAAGCAAAUUGUGUGGUCAUCCUCACAAGUCAAACCUGUCCUCCAUGAAAACAAUUUAGUUUGUCCUUCUUUUAGCAACCUAAAAUGCUUCAAACUAACUUUCCUUGAAUAGUCCAAUGAAUGGCAACUCUGAGGUCUUUCCCUAUGGUGCAAUUCUCAUGAAGACAUUUCCUACUAGCCCAAAACGUUGGAGCAAUUGGCAAGUGGCUGAAAUGCUGAGCGUGACAACCCUAUAAAAAAAAAAAAGAACCAAUUAGAACAUUUACCAUUAAAUCCAUUAGAAACCAUUAAACCUACGCAAUACACCAUUAUAUAAACAAUUUAAGCCACUCACCAAUAGAAACUAUUGCAAAACACAAUGCAGUGUGUUUUUGGGAUAUUUACCUUUUGAAGACCAUUAGAGACCACAACCAUUAAAACCAUUAAACUGCUGUAGCCUAGUGGUUUGCUUGUUCACUGGAAAAGGUCUAACUGCUCCAGACCUUUUUUGAAGGGAAUAGGCCACACACUCAAUGUAUUCUCAACCAGUAAAAAUGUUGCUCAUGAGGUUGAAAAUCCCUGAGCCUAUCCCUCUACCUGGGUAGUACCCAACUUCCGUGAGUGGCUUUUGACAAUUUCUUUGGAUUCCUCAUGUCUUACUCAUUGUUAGAAAAAAGUUGGGUCCAAAUCGGAUGUUAGGUACUAUAUUUAUUGAAUAUUAUAUGAAUCUUAUACAUUUAAAAUGGCCAAUUUGGUGCACUCAAUUAGCUUAAUUUCUCAGAGUUCAAAUGGUCUUUCAAUAAAAUGUUUCAGGAACGCUUAUCUGUUUCUAACUACCGAAAUGAUUUCAGAACAAUCUGAGAUGGUGGGUGUCAAUUCUCUUUCUUGUGCUUUUUAAGGUGAAUGACUCGGGAGAGAUUGUAGCCGAUAGACUCAUAUCAGAAGAGCACAAACUUAGCAAACUAGCUAGCUAAGCUGGCAUAUUUUAAUUACAUUUUAGUCCACUUGACAGGGUUAUCUAAGAUAAUAUACGUUUUUAUCGAUUUCUAAGAGGGCACUCACUCUCCAAAAAACAAUCCGUCAAAUAAAGUAGGUCAGGACUGGACAGGAAUAAGUUGACAUAUUUACCUGAAUUGAACCCAGCUCCCUUCCUCUGUUUCUAGGUGAUAUACAGCUCAUUCGGUGGGACCUCUAAAGGCCUGCACUUCAACAACCUCAUUGUUGGCCUGGUUCUCUUGACUAGAGGACGUGAUGAGGAAAAAGCUAAAUGUGAGUAUUGUAACAGACAGACUGAUGGAACCACUAUAGAUGUUUGUGUUGACCAUGUAAUUGCAAGAAUAAUCAUAGAAUGACAUAAUAAUUUAAUAGGAUCUCUGAGAAUAAUCUUUAAACAAAGGCUUUGUAUACAAUAUGUGAAGUUUUAACAAAUAGACCCUCUUCACACAAAUGGACCCCUCUUUUGGACCCCCAUUGUGAAUGUCACCUGUGACAGAGUUUCAUAUCAGGCUAAACUUCUUUUGUGGCUCUCCUUCAGAUAUUUUCAGUCUGUUUGCCAGUGAUUCUGGCAAUCAUGCAACGCGAGAGGACAUGGAAAGCAUGCUACAGACUGUGGAUGGAGAGAUCCCACUUUCUCUUAGGAAGUGUUUCUCUGAGGUUAGCUCAUAUGCCUUAUUUGAAUGAAUAUGUACGGGUAACUGCCAAAAUAAAGGAAAUGCCAGCAUAAAGUGUCUUAAGAGGGAGUUGGGCCACCACGAGCUGCCAGAACAGCCUCAAUGCGCCUUGGCAUAGAUUCUACAAGUGUCUGGAACUCUAUUGGAGGGAUGCGACACCAUUCUUCCAUGACAAAUUCCAUAAUUUGGAGUUUUGUUGAUGGUGGUGGAAAACGCUGUCUCAGGUGCCACUCCAGAAUCUCCCAUAAUUGUUAAAUUGGGUUGAGAUCUGGUGACUGAGACACACACCCUUUAAACCCCCUAUGCUCCUUUGAGACCCCUCUUUCAAAGUUACUAAGAUCUCUUCUUCUAUCCACGGUAUCUAAAAUAAUGGGCAACUGGGCAUUUUUAUACAUGACCCUAAGCAUGAUGGAAUUUUAAUUGCUAAAUUAACUCAGAAACCACACGUAGAAGCACCUGCUUUCAAUAGGUUUUGUAUCCCUCAUUUACUCAAGUAUUUCCUUUAUUUUGGCAGUUACCUGUAUUUUACUGUUUUAAACACACAUUUUGACAGCCAUGUUUUCACAUACUGUAUGACCGCCAGGGUGGGUGCAAAUCUGCUAUUACUCGCUUACCAGGUCAAUUUUAAUCUGCAACUUUUGUUCACUACAAACAUGCCACAUAUCCUAAUGUAUCCUCAUGUCUUAUCUAAUUGUAAGCUGCUGACAGGACUUCUGUUAUCUGUUUAACCAAGUGCACAUGGCUGCUAAUGCUACUUGACAUAAGAAGAUAAUUCCAGUAUGUGUUUUGCACCUUUGUUCAAGGCUUAGUGGAGGUCCUGUCAAUAUGUUGAUCUCUCUUGUUAUUUUCUUUACCAGGGUGAGAAGGUAAACUAUGAGAAAUUUAAGAGCUGGCUCCUGAGCAACAAGGAUGCCUUCACCUUCUCCCGCUGGCUCCUGUCCAGUGGGGUGUGUGUCACCCUGACAGACGAUAGUGACACACCCACCUUCUACCAGACCUUGGCUGGAGUAACACACUGUGAGUGACUGUCAUCCUGAUCCUUUGGGAGAUACACUACCAGUCAAAAGUUUGGACACACCUACUCAUUCAAGGGUUUUUCUUUAUUUUUACAAUUUUUUACAUUGUAGAAUAAUAGUGAAGACAUCAAAACUAUGAAAUAACACAUAUGGAAUCAUGUAGCAAAAUAUAUUUUAUAUUUGAGAUUCUUCAAAUAGCCACCCUUUGCCUUGAUGGCAGCUUUGCACACAGCUUUGCACAUAAUUGCCUGUUGUUAAGCACGACGCAACGCCUGGAUACAGCCCUUAGCCGUGGUAUAUUGGCCAUAUACCACAAACCCCCGAGGUGCCUUAUUGCUAUUAUAAACUGGUUACCAAUGUAAUUGGAGCAGUAAAAAUAAAUGUUUUGUCGUACCCAUGGUAUACGGUCUGACAUACCACGUCUGUCAGCCAAUCAGCAUUCACGGCUCGUACCACCCAGUUUUUAAUAAAUAAUAGGCUAGGGGUCAGAUUUGAUCUCUAGUCUUGUCAUGCCACUUAUUGAUUUUCUCUUGCAGUAGAGGAAUCAGAUAUCAUUGACCUGGAGAAGAGAUACUGGCUGCUGAAAGCUCAGUCUCGGACCGGACGAUUUGACCUGGAAACCUUUGUCCCUUUAAUUUCUCCCCCUAUUCAUACAUCCCUAAGUGAAGGUAAGAGAAUACGCAGGAUGUGGAUUUGAUUUAUUGGAUACUUCUUUUGAAGGCGAUCGUUACGUCCAUUUCUCCUUCUGUGUAGGUUUGUUUCAUGCCUUUGAUGAAAACAGGGACAAUCACAUAGAUUUUAAGGAAAUCUCGUGUGGACUAUCUGCUUGCUGCAGAGGGCCUUUGGCAGAGAGACAGAAGUGUAAGUACAUACACAAGCACUAAGCCUUGCUGUUUGUCAUUCUUUCAUCACAUUGACAGUUUCAAUGUGUGACUUUCACCUUGUUUCUUUUCCCCAGUCUGUUUCAAAGUGUUUGAUGUUGACCAUGAUGGGCUUCUGUCUCGAGAGGAAAUCACAGAAAUGGUUGGGGCAUUACUGGAGGUGUGGAAAGACAAUCGCACAGAUCUUCUACCUGUAAGUUCCAUUUGGCCAGACUGGACAUAUGAUGGACAUACUGUAGAGAAUGAUAACUGUUGUAAUGUUUGUAAUUAGAUUGUUUUGUUUGUUUGAACCUGUCCCAUUACCACUCUGGUUUCUUACCUAAGCCUUACCCUGCCUCUGUCCCUUAAGGAAGCGCACAGUAAUGUCCAUACCAUUGUGGAAGACAUCCUGAAGGAGCAUGACACCACUAAGGUAUUACCUUACUGCUUGCAUGACUUGGCAUUCAUACAGAUUUCUUUAAUGUUGUCAGAAAAUUUUGAAACCGGCUAUUGGUGGUUAUUGUGUUCUUUAGCAAGGGCAUUUGACCCUGGAGGACUACCAAAUAUGGAGUGUGAAGAGUGCAUUUGCCAAUGAGUUCCUCAACCUGCUGUUUCAGGUAAGAGCCAGCCACUGUGUGUUUCUACUUUGGUCUCCAUUAUGUGCUGUGCAUGCUUUUAUUGUUCUGCUGGAUCACCAGUCUUCUGCUAUCGUGUUGGUCACUAGGUGUGCCAUAUUGUCCUGGGGCUGCGGCCUGCUUCCCCUGAAGAGGAGGGACAGAUAAUCAGGUAUGUGUGUCUGUGUCACCAUGUCAUUGUCCUUUCCUGCUGUCAUACACAUGCUUACUUAUCCCCUCAUCAAUCAAUCUAACACUCACAAACUCACUCACUCGUGUCUGCAGGGGCUGGUUGGAGAGGGCGAGCAGACACGGCCUCCAGCCAGGAGACUACUGGUUCCUCAUAGCAGUGCCGUGGUGGCAGCAGUGGAGGGACUACGUCAAAUAUGUAAGCAAGGCUUUUUCACUGCUUGACACCAUGAUCAUCUGUUUAUCAUACUGUGCCCAUUCUUUACUGAUGUGAUUUUGGUUGUUGGAAUCUCUUCCAGGACAACAAGCAUAUUGUGGUGGAGCAGCCAUUAGUGUUUGGCACGGUGAGGAGUGGUGUAGGGACCGGAACCCAGGCCAGGGCGGAGCAAGGCCCAGAGGGGGAGAGCAUGGCCAGCUCCCACAGCUCCCCAGAGGAGAAGUUCGCUGACAACAUCUCCAGUGCAUCAGAGGCCUCCGAGACCACCACCGGCAGUGAGUGGUUAAGAAUUCUCAGCACCCAGUGUUACACUAGUAUUAGCAAAACAGUUGGAUACUAGUAUAGCUUAAUAAUAAGUGAAUUUACCACUCAUUAUACCUGACUUGACUUACACACUGUGUGCUGAGAGUGAGUUUACCACUGAAUGUCACUGAAAACCAUUAAUUUGCUCUCCUUAGGCCUUCUUCCCCUGGGCUCGACUGCUACGGAUAUCUGCUUUGCCCGUCUGCAUGACACCCCAGACACAGACAACCAGUGCUUCCUGGGGGCUGAUGGGAACAUGGUGGUUCUAAGGCCUGGGGCCAUCGAUAACCAGCCUCUGGUCACAUCAGAGCCCUUAAAGGUACGUUAGGCACCACAAACAAAACUGUGGAAAGGGAUAGACUCAAUUAGAGAUUAGAAUGUUCCUCUUCCUCAAACUGACCUUGCCAUAUUGUUUCAGUUUUAAACCUGUCCCUCUUGAACUGUUUCCCCAGGCUCCCACAUUGACCAUGGAGGGGGGCCUACUGAGGUGCUCCCCGUCUCUGAUUCUAGGCCGGGACUUUGAGGUUGUGCCAGAGCCUGUGUGGAGGGCACUCUACCACUGGUACGGAGCCAACCUGAGUCUCCCCAGGCCGGUACGUACAGUUCAACUCUGUAAAGCAGGACCACUUGUUGGAUUUGCCCUUAAACAGUCACCAUUAUCAUCCCUAUUCAAAUCACAUUUUAUUGGUCACAUACACAUAUUUAGCAGAUGUUAUUGCGGGUGUAGCGAAAUGCUUGUGGUGUAGCGAAAUGCUUGUCAUAAUCCUGAUAUUGUGAUAACCUCACAUUCCCAUCCCCUCCCCUCUUCUCCUGUUGGCAUUCCCAGGUGAUCAGAAACACCAAGACAGACUGUGCUGAGCUGGAGCUGUUCCCCCGACACCUGCUCUUCCUGAGGCAGCAGCAGCCCCCCGCCCGCACCCCCCAGAACAACGUCUGGGUCAAUAUGGGUAAGAGCUUCCCCUGCAUGUGUCUCCAGCACUUCCCCAAAGGUUACAAAGCAAAGGAGGGACAAGAAUAGCACAGUGCCCUAGUGACUUUCUUCCCCAAGAGUGUCCAGGGUCAGUGCCAUUCAGCAUUUUGAUCUCAAAAGCAAGUCCACUCCCGACUGUGGAUGAUUGAAAGACUGCUUGUGCAAUAGAUGCAUUCAGCCUACAACACAAUCACGAAUCAAUCUUACAAAGUUAGAAUUGGUUUGGUUUGUUGCAUUGAAAGGGGCUGAUAUUAUAUAACAUAAUUCACACAUUAGAGGGAAACAUUGAUCUGUUUAAGGAAAUAUGUAACGGGGCAAACUAGUAAAGUUGAAUCACUAGAGUUCUCUGCACGGGCUGGCAUUUCUUCUGCAGCAGUCCUGGAGGAGGAAGGCGCUUAGAGGGAACAUUGGUCACAAGACUUGGGGCAGCACAGGAACACAUAAACAUCUCAGUCAUGUGAGGUCAUUUCUGUGUGGGUUCCCACUAUCAGGGCAUUAAAUUAACUUUUUGGUCCACCAGCCACUGUGGCAGGUAGAUAAAGAAAUAAGCCAAAAUAUAUUUUUGCCGCUAAAAUUACACCAACAAAACGGAUGAACAUGCUUUGUAAUAUUUCUAAAACAAUAAAUGUAUUACUAGUAAGAAGUAACUAAUGUGGUAUAUUGUUUAAUUACUAUUUUUUUGUGACCUGAGUCUUUUAACCAAAAUAUCACAGAUUAGAUCAAUAUUUUCACCUGCCCCUGUAAGGGCGGGGGGUUACCGUGGUAGCACGACUAGUCAUGUUUGUGCCUGUGAGAUUGAGUCUGACUAGUAGAAGCGUUGUCUUCUCUUCGCUAGCAGUUGAAAUUAAAACAUAGAAAAACAACCUAGCUUGUGAACAAAACAAUGUCAGUAGCCAAGAAACACGAGGACAAAAAGUCUCACUUCAGUAGACUUUAGUUUCAAGUAAAUUAGACAAACUUUUAUGCCUGUGCGCAGCGCUUCUAAAAAUGAAUCUUUCACUCAGCUCUUCACAUGCGCUCAGCCCCCAGCCAGGCAGUGUUGCAGCGCGAGGUGGAAUAGGCUAAAUAGGAUUCAAAGUUCUUUUGACUUUGUGCGAUUCAUUUACCAGCUAUGAAACAAAAUGGCAGAAAUAUUUUGAAAACAGCUACUGCAGCAUUUAUACUUGACUAUUGUUAUUCACAAAUGCGAGUGAAAUGCUCGCACAGUGGAGCCUUGACCACCCGCCAAUGUGGCUGGUGAAAUAGAUGUCUUACCUGCCAAUGCCAAAAUCUGCCUGCAUUUGGCAGGUGGUGGGUGUUAAUUUUAGGCCUUGCACACCGUUUUAUCUGUGACACUCAGGGCAAUAUCCUAAAAUGUGCACGCUCCAUUGACGUCAAUGAAUGGUAUACGCGAUAAGCUAAGUGUGCAGAUCACAAAUUAGGAUCUGGGCCUCAUUAUAUGGCAGAGCAUUUGGCCACAGCAACAUAGUCUGUGAAUAUGCUACCACGACUUUUCCUGUGCUUUUUACCAAUCAUGUGUGCAGAGCAGUGCUCUAUGUAUCAAUGGUUGCUCCCUGUCCUCCCCCAGGUAACGUCCCCUCUCCUAGUGCCCCCCUAAAGCGUGUGUUGGUCUACACGGGCUGUUUCAGUAGGGUGGGCACCAUCAAGGACAUCCAUGAAUACCUGUCCCAGAGACUCCGCAUCAAGGAGGAAGAGAUGCGCCUGUGGCUCUACAACGAUGAGGUGGGUGUGACUCAGAAGGUUGACCCUUCAUCAACAUACACUGCAAGGUUCUACCCAAAUAAUGUAAGAGGGGCACUGUGCCACCUUGUGGACUUGGCUGCACCACUAUGCAUUAAAAAAAUACAAAAAAACAACAACAUGUAAACACACUCACAGUGAACACACACUGUGAAUUACUUGAAUUGCUCUUGCCUGGACAUACCUAUGGUCCCUGUUCUGUUGACCAUUGAGUAAUGAAAUUAGUAGAAUAAUUCUAGGAAAAAUACUGUGAAAAAUAUUCAAUAAUUCAUUUGCACUUAACCAGUCAGUGUUUGCUACUUUAUUUGUUAUCAUUUAAGGCUCUAGAUUGCAGGAAAUUGCAGCUACAGGUGUUCAAAAACACACAAAUCUCUGAGUCCAAAAGGAGCCACAGCCCUCCUUGGGACCUCCCCCUCGACUGACUCCUCAGCACCACCUUGUUAUGAAAACCUGGGGAGAACCCUGCACUGCAAACACAGACCUGCACAAGUGCACAGUAAACACUCAAACUCAAAUGCAAACACAAAUGCACUCACAAAAAUGUUACAGUUCAACAAUCUCUCAUUUCUUUCAAAACAAUGUUAUCCACAGAAUUAUCUGACCCUCCUUGAUGAUGAAGACCAUUCCCUGGAGGGGUUGAAGAUCCCAAAUGGACAGUAUGUGGUCAUAGAAGGUAUGCAUAACGAAUCUCUGUGUUUGAAUGGCUCCAUCAUCUAUUGUCAGGAUGAGAAGAUGAAGAUGGUUUCUUUUGUGUUCAUCAGUUCGGAACAAGGACAUGAGCUGGCCUGAGGAGAUGUCCUUCAUCGCUAACAGCAACAGGAUGAAUAGACACAAUGGUAUGCCCAUUACUGCAUACAGCUACUGCACCAAUACAACAUUAGCACUACUAUUAUGUAUUCCUUAUUGAUAAUUUAACAUUAACUGAGCUGAUUGGUACUUCGAUGUAUUAUAGAUAAGUCUGUCAGACAAUACUUGUUUUGCUUUCUCCAAACAUGAAAGGGGUCAUACUGACUGCUGUAGGAGCUUUUGAUGGUUGAAUAACCUCCUCAGACUGUUGCCUCCUCCUGUUGUUCACAGUCCCUACUGAGAAAGGUGCUACUGGAUUGAGCAACCUUGGCAACACGUGCUUCAUGAACUCCAGUAUCCAGUGUGUGAGCAACACCAAGCCUCUCACAGACUACUUCACCUCAGGAAACUACCUCUACGAGCUCAACAGGUAUGCGUGUGCAUUAUUUUAGACUUAAAAGAAUACAUGCUUAUUAUACAAGAAAGUAUUAUUAUACAAGCUUAUUAUACUCUUUGGGCAAAAUGUUGGUCAAAUAAAUCCACAGCAAGCAGAAAUGGAUGUGCGAGUUUCUUUUUAAUUUGUGCUGUUUGUCUCCAUAACAGGACCAAUCCAAUUGGGAUGCGUGGUCACAUGGCCAAGUGCUAUGGCGAUCUGGUUCAGGAGUUGUGGAGUGGAACACAGAAGAACUUGGCCCCUCUGAAACUCAGAGUAUGUCCACUUACAAGCCUCCAACUGACACCCCCAAAUAACACUACAGACUACCAACCUAAAAAGUACAGACUACCAACCUAAAAACUCAAAUGGUUGUCUUUUUCCCUUUUCUCCUUGUCCUCCGUCUCUUCCCUCAGUGGACGAUAGCGAAAUACGCCCCCCGGUUCAAUGGCUUCCAGCAGCAGGACUCCCAGGAGCUGCUGGCCUUCCUACUGGACGGCCUUCACGAGGACCUGAACCGUGUUCACGAGAAGCCCUACGUGGAGCUGAAGGACAGCGACGGACGACCAGACUGGGAGGUGGCUUCUGAGGUCAGAGUUUAUACACACUGUUCCUAUCUUCAUGGUGGGGAGAUCCAGAAAUAAGGCCUUGGGUGAAUCACAUCAUGUAGCUGUUGGAGUAUAAAUAUUGAUUUGGAGGUGUAAUAUUAGCUUUCUGUGCCAUCUUGAACUGCUAGAAGUUGUCCUUUGUAGCUCAGUUGGUAGAGCAUGGUGCUUGUAACGCCAGGGUUGUGGGUUCGAUUCCCGAGGACCACCCAAACGUGAAAUGUAUGCACGCAUGACAGUAAGUCGCUUUGGAUACAAGUGUCUGCUAAAAGCCGUAUAUUAUUGUCUGGUGUGAUGAUGGUGAGUUGUGUUCCCCCAGGCGUGGGAGAAUCACCUGAGGAGGAACCGCUCCAUCGUGGUGGACCUGUUCCAUGGCCAGCUCAGGUCACAGGUCAAGUGCAAGACCUGUGGCCACGUCAGUGCACGCUUUGAUCCCUUCAACUUCCUCUCUCUCCCUCUGCCCAUGGAUAACUCCAUGCACUUAGAGAUCAUAGGUGAGCCUUAUAAAUCAAAUCAAAUUUGAUUGGUCACAUACACAUAUUUAGCAGAUGUUAUUGCGGGUGUAGCGAAAUCCAGUGUAUACAGUACUACAGUGCAACAUCCAGAAGAUAUAUUCCAAAAGAUUCAAAAUUAGCAUCAUAUUGGAGAUGCGUCUCAGGAAGUCUGUCGCCUGUCCACCCUUUCCUGUACUAGACUCUGAGCUUUACAGUAACAAUGGGGUGUUGAAUAGAAACCUCAUUUGUUCCUGUUGUCUUGUGAGAGAAAGUAUAUUGUAUCCUGUGCCUCUGCAACACUUUGCUCUUUGCUUCCUCUGUCCAGUCAUUAAGCUGGAUGGGUCAUGCCCAGUGCGGUAUGGGCUCCGGCUCAAUGCGGAUGAGAAGUACACAGGCCUGAAGAGACUCCUGAGUGAGCUCUGCUGCCUGAAUCCUGAGCAGAUCCUCCUGGCUGAAGUCCAUGCCUCCAACAUCAAGGUAGAGCCAUCAUCUAUCCUCCAGCACUGUACAUCCAUCCAUCACACUGUCAAUAUCACCGUCUGCACAUAGACUAGUGAUUGAUUGUCUGUCUACCCAAUUUUUAGAAUUUUCCACUGGACAACCAGAAAGUUUGUCGGGCAGUGAGCGGCUUCCUGUGUGCGUUUGAGAUCCCGGUGCCAGGCGCACCCACGUCUGUGGUGUCCACCCCCACACAAACAGAUGGUAUACCGAUUGGUUCUUCUGUUUAUCAGCAAUGUUUCAGCCUUUAACAUAAGCCACUUUUAAAAUGUAUUCAAUCAAAGCCUUUGUCAGAAGGCUCUUUUUUAAAGGCAAUCAGUAAGAAGUGAUGAAACAGGUUUAGAAUACAAUGAAGUAGCAAACAAGCACAUCUUGGAAUGUAAACAAAUGCACAGGUUCUAUAAAACAGUUGAAAAAGGUAGAUACUUUGACACUGGAAAAUGUUUGUUUUUCGUGUCAUCUCCAGAAGCUCAAGCACUAGCCUAUGGGAACGCUACCAUGGUAACUGACAGUAACUCUCUGAACCUGGGACUGAUCCCCAAGGGCAUGCCCAGCACCGUCGUGCCCUGUGGCACAGAAGGCAGCCUUGCUAACGGUCUCCCCAACGGCCACGUGGUGCCCCCUCCGGACAGCCCCUUCACUGGGUACAUCAUCGCCAUCCACAGGAAGAUGGUAAGAACUGCAGGAUGGGCUAAAGAUGGAGAGAAGAUUAGCAGUGCAUCAAGAUAAGUCAGUCUAUAUAAUGCUCACUUCUAAACAAUGUGUUAUUUGUGUUUGUUUCCUAGAUGCGGGCAGAGUUAUACUUCCUGUCCAGUCAGAAGAAUCGCCCCAGCCUGUUUGGGAUGCCGUUGAUCGUGCCAUGUACAGUCCACACCAGGACCAGGGACCUGUAUGAUGCUGUGUGGACCCAGGUGUCCCGCCUGGCCAGUCCUUUGCCCCCUCAGGAGGCCAGCAACCAUGCCCAGGACUGGUCAGUCUCUCCAGACCACUCUCUGUGUUCUGUCAGGUGGCUUUGCAGUGCUCAGUGUUAUCCUAAAGGUACAGGUGUGUGAUGCUGAUCGGUGUGUAUGUGUGUGUUAUUGAUUUUUUGGGGGUGUCAACACACAGUGAUGACAGCAUGGGCUACCAGUAUCCCUUCACCCUGCGUGUGGUGCAGAAAGAUGGCAACUCCUGCGCUUGGUGUCCAUGGUACAGGUAAUUAAGUCUGUCACACAGUACAACAUAUCACAAUACGGUUGAAGAUAGAGAAUGUGUUCAUUGAUACCCUGUGUUGUUGUCCCCCUCAGGUUCUGCAGAGGCUGCACAGUGGAGUGUAACGAUGACAGGGCUGCUGUGGGAAAUGCCUUCAUGACUGUGGACUGGGACCCCACUGCUCUGCACCUCCGCUACCAGACCUCUCAGGAGAGGGUAAGAGAGACAAGAGGCUGAGGAUAACAGCAGCAGUGGAACCCUAGGGGUCAUAUCAAUGUAUUUAUUAAAUAUCUAAUGGAAAUACUACAUACACUAAGUAAUGUGUGUGUCCUGCAGAUCGUGGAGGAGCACCCCAGUGUGGAACAGAGUCGCAAGGCCCAGGCAGAGCCCAUCAGUCUUGACAGCUGUCUGCAGGCCUUUACCAGUGAGGAAGAGCUGGGAGAGGAUGAGCUCUACUACUGCUCCAAGUGCAAGACCCACCGCCUGGCCACCAAGAAACUGGACCUGUGGAGGCUGCCGCCCAUCCUGGUCAGACAUACAGCUCAUUCCCUCUGCAUUAACUUCCCAGUCCUCUCCCUAUUCAUGUUUGUGUCAAUAGGCAACAGUUAUAUGCAAAUAUAAAUGAAUAAACCCCCAAUCAAAAUGUCUGCUAUGUCUGAAGUGCAAGAUUGCACAGGACCACCCACUCUAAAACUCCUUUAUUCUGUCCAUUUGAAUUGCAGAUAGUUCAUUUAAAACGGUUCCAGUUUAUGAAUGGGCGGUGGAUCAAAUCCCAGAAGAUUGUUAGGUUUCCCAGGGAGACGUUUGACCCCAGUGCUUUCCUGACCCCGAGAGAUGCAGACCAAAGCCAAGAGAGCUGGAGGGACGAGCUGGGGGAGGAGCUACACGACACCGAGGGAGGAGUGCCAAAGUCUGGGGGUGGAGACACUGUCUGUAACUCUGCCCUGACUCUCAACAAUGGGAAAGGUUUGUAUAGAGUCUUGACUGGUUUCAGAUGUACCUGUCAUAUCCCACUUAUUAUUUUAAAGAGGCGUUCUUCUAUGAAUGUAUGUGUCUGUUUGCAGACUCUCUGUGCUCAGGGAGGAUGGCCAGCACCCCCCCCAGCAGAGACGUCAGCCCCAACUGCAGCCCUCAGAGUGAGGGCAGGAGGCAGGGCCGUGGGCGGGUGUUUCCCCUGGGAAGCAGGUUCCAGCUGUCCCUCAGUAAGGAGAGCCUGGACAGUGGCAGGGAGAGCCCCAUGGAGCUGGAGGCCAGCAGGACUGGGAUGGGGAGCAGGGGAGAAGGCCUCAGUGACUCCACCUCUGGUGAGGACACGCCCAGGGAAUGUGACAACACAAUGUCUGAGCUAGAGAGCAAUGGCUACACCGAGGACAGCAUGGAUCUGGAGGCCUCUCAUGGCCAAAGAGACAAAAUCUACCUGGAUCCCAUGUACAACUUGUAUGCAAUUUCAGUAAGUUUUAAGUGGGUCAAAUAUUUGUUUUUCUCUGUAAGAAUAUUACUCUUCUAACCUGAAGACACAGUAGAGCAAAGUGACUGUCUAUCUACCAUCUGAAAUAUCCUCUAACCCCCAAUCACUUUUGGUUUUGCAGUGCCAUUCAGGGAUCCUAGGAGGAGGCCACUAUGUGACAUAUGCCAAAAACCCAAAUGAAAAGUGGUACUGUUACAACGACAGUAGCUGUAAGGUAAGCGAAGUCCUGAGUUUGUAUGCCAAAAACAGAACGUAUAUCUCUGCUUUGUGAUGCAGUGUCCAUUGUCAUCUGCAACUCAGUUAUUUAAAGUUCAGAAGUAUAAACAAAGCCUCACUGUGUUUUCUGUGUUCAGGAGUUGCGGUCAGAGGAGAUUGAUGCAGACUCUGCCUAUAUCCUGUUCUACGAGCAGCAGGGAGUGGAUUAUUCUCUGUUCAUGCCCAAAACUGACGGCAAAAAGAUGGCCGACACAACUAGCAUGGACGAGGACUUUGAGUCUGACUAUAAGAAGUACUGUGUUCUUCAGUAAUGGACUGUCUGUUGAUAUGUGUCAAUGUGUUGCCGGUUCAUCGACAUGCUUGUGCUAGAAAACCACCUUACUAUUUAACUCAGAAAUCUCUCAGGUUGAGAUGAGCUGAAGCUUAGAAAUCAUCCCUGGUGGUUAGAAGUGGACAACAAACCAUUUUUACACCUCUUCAUAGUGGAUGGACCUUUUUUCAAGCAAUGGUACUCAAGUUAUUUCUCGCUAGCGAUGUCAAACAAAAUGGAGGGUAUAUUGGUUUGUUUUGGCACCAACAUCUUGUUGCAGGGUGACAAUGCUUAGGCCCAUAGUUCUGGUCCUAGGCCAGAUGUGACAAAUGUGGGACUGUGUUUUUGUUUGUAAACCAAUGUCAGUUGGAAUAUGCCAUUAAUGUUUCAACACAUUUUGAUUGGUACGCUCUGCAGUUAAUAAUACAAUUGAUAUAGUGAAAUUUAACUGAGAAAUCUCCUCAUUGAAUAAUACAAAAAAUGAUUGCAGUAGAAGCAAGUGUUCUCACUACCUCAUCAUACCCUGCUUUGGACAGUAGUCAAAUCCAAUGUAACAAUUCGAAAAUGUCUCUUUAGAAAAUUCCCUUUUUUGUUGUCCUCCUCAAAUGUACAUUAUUUAGACUCCAGACCGAUAGUCCUGGAUUAUAUUCAGUGUUUCUGAACUGUAUGUAUUUGCAUUGCAAUGUACCUUUUGUCUUUUGUGUUUGUUUAUCAUGUCAGGUCUGCUAAGAACAAAGCCUCACUCUCGCCCAUCUGAGAGAAUCUUCCUGUAGAAUCUGCUUGUACCAUUUAUGUGUGCAGGUCCAUUCUAACAACAUAUCAGUCUGUGCCAUCACAACAUUGUGAUGUUAUUCCAUCACAUCAACAGCUGUGUCAUUACAGUAGUGCCACCAACAGGCUAUAUCAUACUUUAUCAUUGUGCUCAAUUUAACAAUUCUUUAUGCAAGUCAUGAGAUCACAACUUCGAAGGGCAGAAGUUGUGGAUAAUGUUGCAUCUCUCUGAAUGCCAUAGGUAUGAGGUAUUUGAUUUAGGCAGAGUGGGACAUUUGACAGUUUAUGAGUGGCUAUACCUUACCGUUAUGCGACAAGUGAAUAGGUAGCUUUUCCCUCCGAGCUUUGGAAGACAUUGUAUUUACUGUAACUAUAUUGACAUACACUGUAUGUGAAACAUAGGAGUUGAAUUGAAUCUAAUCAGAUGGAG